AUGUCCGACUCCCCAAAAUCUCUGUUUGGCGAUGGCGGCAAGAUCGUUGUCCCCACGCCCAAGCGCAAAGAGAUUGCCGCGAGCGAACCAGCUGUCACUGAGGUUGACGCUGAGAAGAGGUUCACCCUGAGCCAGCCAGACGACAAAGAUGUCGAAGACGCCAAUGCGGCAACCAACGCUGCCAAGCUCGAGGAAUUAGUUGGACAGGUCACGCAAAACCUCAAGAACCGUGGAUAUACCCUCGACAGCAUUGGUCCCAACCCGUGCAAUCUAACUCCUAGCAAGCUAUCCAUAUCCCAAAAGGAUAAGCCUCUCGCCGCUACCAACUGCCUUCCGUUUAUGCCCACCGAGCUCGUUGGCGAGAUCGGUAGUGGACUAAACGUCGGCGACCUCAACAACAUGCGCCUCGUCAAUGUGCGUUUCAACAAGGCGGUCAUGUUCGAGUACGGUAAGAAGACCAUGAUGACAGAAAACGUCACUAUCUUUCCUACUUUCUCAAGCGUUGCUUCAUUCUUGGUUGGUCUUUUCCUUGACAGCACGUAUGCUGGAACUGUGCGGACCAUUACUUUGGUGGGAGAAGCACCCAAGACCCCGGAAUUGAGUUACGACAUAUCGUGGAUCCACCUAAUAUCGGACCACUCGAUCGUGGAGGUCGACUUGAGCAAGUACUCUGAGAACCCCGAGGCUCUCGAGGCCAUCCAGCUCUCCAACAUGCGCAUCCUCGAUUAUGUCAACGACAAGCACGCAGAGUGGGAUUACAUUAACAAGCCCUUCUGCCACACUGGCGGCUACCGUACUAUGCUCAUCAUCUUGCUCUCCAAGCUUCCGAACCUCAGGACCAUCGCGACGCGCAAGCUCCACGCUGGCGAACACAUCCCUGGCUGGGACGGACCCAAAUUCUUGAAGAAGCUGUCCUACUAUCAGCCUGAUCUUCCUGUCAACGAGGUCUUCUACGGCGACUGGCAGUACGACACCGUUCAUAAGCGCAUUACCAUGUACACCGAUGAGUACGGCGAAUACAUUGAGGAGGAUGGUGCCGGCCCCCAAGCUGGCUUCAUGGAGGACGUCAUUGGCGCCAUGGAGAUGUCUGGUACUCAGGCUAUACUUGUAUAG